GAGGCCUGCGCGUGAGCGGCGCGGGCGUGGCCCAAUGGGAGAGCCGCGGCGGCGCGCGUUGCCGGGGGGCGGGGCGGCGGUUGAGGGCCGAGCCGCGAGUCCGGCAGUCGUGUCCGUGCUGUCGCGUCCUGGAGUCCGUCUCGUCGCCGCCACCCCGGCCCACGCUCGUCCUCGUUUCCGAAGCUCUCGCGCGCCCGAUCGCUCGGCUCUCGCUCCGCGACCAGCAUCAUGUGCGGAAUAUUUGCCUAUUUAAAUUAUCAUGUUCCCCGAACAAGACGAGAAAUCUUGGAGACCCUAAUCAAAGGCCUUCAGAGACUGGAAUACAGAGGAUAUGAUUCUGCUGGAGUGGGACUUGAUGGAGGUAAUGACAAAGACUGGGAAGCGAAUGCCUGCAAAAUUCAGCUCAUUAAGAAGAAAGGAAAAGUUAAGGCACUGGAUGAAGAAGUUCACAAACAACAAGAUAUGGACUUGGAUAUAGAAUUUGAUGUACAUCUUGGAAUAGCUCAUACCCGUUGGGCAACACAUGGAGAACCUAGUCCUGUCAAUAGUCACCCCCAACGCUCUGAUAAAAAUAAUGAAUUUAUUGUUAUUCAUAAUGGAAUCAUCACCAACUACAAAGACUUGAAAAAGUUUUUGGAAAGCAAAGGCUAUGACUUUGAAUCUGAAACAGACACAGAAACCAUUGCCAAGCUUGUCAAAUACAUGUAUGAUAACUGGGAAAGUCAGGACGUCAGUUUUACUACCUUGGUGGAGAGAGUUAUCCAACAACUGGAAGGUGCUUUUGCACUUGUGUUUAAAAGUGUUCAUUUUCCUGGGCAAGCAGUUGGCACAAGGCGAGGUAGUCCCCUCUUGAUUGGUGUGCGGAGUGAACAUAAGCUUUCUACAGAUCACAUUCCAAUUCUCUACAGAACAGGCAAAGACAAGAAAGGAAGCUGCAAUCUUUCCCGUGUGGACAGCACAACAUGUCUUUUCCCUGUUGAGGAAAAGGCAGUUGAAUAUUACUUUGCUUCUGAUGCAAGUGCUGUGAUAGAGCACACCAACCGUGUCAUCUUUCUGGAAGAUGACGAUGUUGCAGCAGUGGUGGAUGGUCGUCUUUCUAUCCAUCGAAUUAAGCGAACUGCAGGAGACCAUCCUGGUCGAGCUGUGCAAACCCUCCAGAUGGAACUCCAGCAGAUCAUGAAGGGCAACUUUAGUUCAUUUAUGCAGAAAGAAAUUUUUGAGCAGCCAGAGUCUGUUGUGAACACAAUGAGAGGAAGAGUCAAUUUUGAUGACUACACUGUGAAUUUGGGAGGUUUGAAAGAUCACAUUAAGGAGAUCCAGCGGUGUCGGCGGUUGAUUCUAAUUGCUUGUGGCACAAGUUACCAUGCUGGUGUGGCAACCCGUCAGGUUCUAGAGGAGCUGACAGAGUUGCCGGUGAUGGUGGAGCUCGCUAGUGACUUCUUGGAUAGAAACACUCCAGUCUUUCGAGAUGAUGUUUGCUUUUUUAUUAGUCAAUCAGGUGAGACAGCUGACACCCUGAUGGCUCUUCGGUACUGUAAGGAGAGAGGAGCCCUAACUGUGGGGAUCACAAAUACAGUCGGCAGUUCUAUAUCCAGGGAGACAGAUUGUGGGGUUCAUAUCAAUGCUGGUCCUGAGGUUGGCGUGGCCAGUACAAAGGCUUACACCAGCCAGUUUGUGUCCCUUGUGAUGUUUGCCCUCAUGAUGUGUGAUGACAGGAUCUCCAUGCAAGAGAGGCGUAAAGAGAUCAUGCUUGGAUUGAAGCGGCUGCCAGACUUGAUUAAGGAAGUGCUGAGCAUGGAUGAUGAAAUUCAGAAGCUGGCCACAGAACUGUACCACCAGAAGUCAGUCCUGAUCAUGGGACGAGGCUAUCAUUAUGCUACGUGUCUUGAAGGAGCCCUGAAAAUCAAGGAGAUUACUUACAUGCACUCUGAAGGCAUCCUUGCUGGUGAGCUAAAGCAUGGCCCUCUGGCCUUGGUGGACAAGUUGAUGCCUGUCAUCAUGAUCAUCAUGCGAGACCACACUUAUGCCAAGUGUCAGAAUGCGCUACAGCAAGUGGUUGCACGGCAGGGGCGCCCGGUCGUGAUCUGUGAUAAGGAGGAUACCGAGACCAUUAAGAACACAAAAAGGACAAUCAAGGUGCCCCACUCAGUAGACUGCUUGCAGGGCAUUCUCAGUGUGAUCCCCUUGCAGCUGCUGGCUUUCCAUCUGGCCGUGCUGAGAGGCUACGAUGUUGAUUUCCCACGGAAUCUUGCCAAAUCUGUAACUGUAGAAUAAAAGGCAUCUGAAACUUAUGACAGUUAAGCAACAUGAGACACCUUUUGUAUUUAAAUUUUUGAUUUAAACUGUUGCCUCCUGAAAGCCUUUUUUAGUAAAUUCUUAUUUAUAUAUCAGUUAUAAUUAUCCCUCUCAAUUAAUGAUUUUGUGCAAUUGCCUCAUUUCCAAUAAUACUUGGGGGCAUUUGAUUAAUAGAAUUUAAAUUGAACCUGAAGUCAGAGCGAUUUUAGCUGUAGUGUUGUAUAAAGAGCUGGAUAGGCCGGGCGGUGGUGGCGCACGCCUUUAGUCCCAGCACUCAGGAGGAAGAGGCAGGUGGAUCUCUGUGAGUUCGAGGCCAGCCUGGUCUACAAGAGCUAGUUCCAGGACAGGAACCCUGUCUCGAAAAAUCAAAAAAAAAAAAGAGCUGGAUAAUGAAUUUCUGGGUCCUCCACUUCAAUCAUGGAGGUUUGUUGAGUUUUUGAGAUGAUUGUUGUUUUCCCAUGCCUUGAUUCAGUCAGACUGAUAAAAGACCAAUGCAUUUCAUUGGAAUACUCAAAGUCAAAAGCCAGUGUGUGCUAGUACCUGCUGAAGGCUUUGUUACAUUAUUUAUAAGUUGAAGAUGCUGUGGUUUAUUUUGAAGCUUGUCUAUAUUUUGUUUGUAAAUCAAACUGUUCACCUAAAAAAACCUAAGUUCAUUAAAUUGGUCUAAACAUGGCUGUCAUUUCUAGGUAGAGAGAGCAUGGGGGCAGUGUGCGGUACAUUGUGUCCUCCAUGCUCGAAUAAAACACCAUGUGGAGUUGUGUAGCGCUCCGAUCUGAACUACUUUAGACCCUAACAGUGUGGCUGGACGUUUGAAUAUAGAACCUGGGCAUCCUACUCCUUGUUUCCUCACCUCCUCAGAGUGGUUUGCAUUGCCUUGAAACUGUAGAGCUUAAUUAAAAAAAAUGUUGUUGAAUGAUACCCUUUGUCUCCUUUGACAUCACAGCAGAGUUGCUGUCAAGCAUCUCAGAUUGGUAUUGGCAUGUUCAGUUCUCUCUUCAGCUUUGUCCCAAGUCCCUUCCCUACCUUGCUGCAGAAAGCAUCCCCUUGUGGCAGUUUGGAGGUUCUUUUUGAUAACUUGUGAUAUUUGCACCGGUCUUUGAUCUUCAGUGUAUGUGGUAGAUGAGGCUUAGAACUUCACAUACUUUCCGCUGUGGAGUGACAUGAUUUAGGGUUGCUUUCUAGAUGUUUUCCUUUGUAUUGUCUUGACUCCUGUUUAGGAAUGAAUGCAGUAUGAAGAAGUGAUAUUGACAUGCCUUCAUGCUGAUAGUGUCAGAAAUGGAGGUCAACAAUUGGGAUAAAGUAUUUAAAGUAGAACAUUAGUUUGACACCCUAUAAAUGUGUGGAAUAAUUUCUUCAUAGAAUUAUUUGGGUCAGAUCAUGUGGCUGUAGGAAGAUGGUUAUAUUCAGUUAGGUCCAUUUCUUUCAAAAGCUUUCACCGUUGUUGUAGAAGUGCAGUAGUGGAGUUGGUAGCUCACUCUUUGUGUUUUAACUUGAUGUUAAGCAGUUCAUGCUAUGCCAGAAGUGUGGACUUCUUGUGAAGGUGGGUUGAAGACAGAGUUUAUGUAACUUUGGAAGGUUUCACUUCCAUUGAUAGAGACUGGAAACCUGAUUUUUUUAAAAACGUAAGACAGGGCCACAGUUUCUACCCCAUGUAGCUGCUUUAGUUAUGUUUAUCUGUUCUAAUUAUUUCCAAGAUUUCAUGUUUGUCCAGCAUGUGUAUCAUGUCAUUUCUUGUGUUUGAUAUAAUAGCAUGGCUACUCACUGUUGUGUGUGUUUUGUUGUUGUCUUUUUCAUGUGUUGCUCUGGAGUGCUGGGUGAUGUUGGUACACUGAGACAUUGUGAAAUGAUCACCACAGUAGUCUUAGGUCAUCCAUCACCUCAGUUACUAAUCCAGAGUCCUCUUGGAGCUGUUUUGAAUUAUACAGCUCAGUUUUACUAAUCACCCUCUAUGUAAUGGAAUAUCGGAACUUAAUUCUUCUGUCUGGCUCUGACUCUGAACCCAUUCACCAGUUUCCCUUCCAUACACACUCCAAAGUAGGAUUAAUCCUAAAAACCAGUCAAAAGCCCAAAUGAAGACCAGAGUAGUAUUUUCUAAACAAAUAUUUUUCUCUUCCUAUCCCAUUUUGCUUUCUACCCUGGUUAAUGUAGUGAUUUUAAAUUCUUUUAUUAAGUUAGUUCUUAACACCCUGAUAUUUUAGUGAGGCAAGCCACUGAGUGAGUAAAUGAGUUGGCCCAGUUAAAAUUAGUAUAAUAUAGGACAUGGAAAUCUAAUUUUUCAAAACAAAAUAUCCUGCAAAAGGGAGGCUUUCUAUAAAAGUUCUUUCUUGUAGUGUGUUUAAAGUUUAAGUUCACACAUACAUCCUUUCCUGGGAGCCCUUGCUAGGCAGGGAGGACUGUGGAGGACUCAGUUAAUGGUUACUUUGAAGUCAACUUUUAUUUAAAAAAAAAAUCACCUAUGCCAUAGGAGUGAAAAGGCUACAGAAAGUGCAGUGCUCACUCAUAGUUUGUGGCUGUCUGCAGCUGUGUCUGAACCCCUGCUGUGAGCAGCUGUGUGCUGGGCAGCAGAGCUACACUUUCAGAGCAGUUCUGACGUCCCUAGUGGGUCUGUUUCUUGUGAAGACACAGGUGGAAGAGUGGAGAGAUGGAGCUGAACUGAGGUGUUAAAUGCUGUGAAAGGGUUUGUUUACUUAAACAGUGCUCUGCGUUCUGGAGCAUCUUUGUAAGCAGCUGUCCCGGUCUGUCCACGAUCCAUGGGUCUAUGGUACGAUAAAGAGCCGCAGUUAAUAAUAUGCUGAGAUAAGCCACUGUGUGUCCCCGCUCCUCAGAGGGACGCUUCAGGUACUGUGCAGGAGGCUGUUCUGUGUCCUGGGUGGUUUCUGAGGUAACACGGUUGUCUCCCUUUGAAUCCAGGGCCCUUACCUGAGUAGUUCUGAGGAGGGAGGAAAGGAGCCUGUUCUUGGUCCCUUGUAGUAUUCCUCUGAAAGUCGUUUUUGUCACUCUUUAGAGAAGGAAACCAGCUGAACUUUAAAAAACACACUUUCAGGGUUUUUUUUGGGGGGGGGGCAGUCUUUUGUCUUUUUUUUACAAUGAGGAUAUUCUAUAGCAAUAAAAGAAACUAAGGUUACCUGUUUAUUAUAUACUGUAACUGGUAUGAUUUUUCUAAAAAAAAUCAAAAGCACAAUCUCAUUGGAAAGUGUUUAUUAAAAAAGAAUUCACAAUUCACAUUGAAUUUAGGAAGGCCAAAGAAAUGGAAGGGAGUGGUAAAGACAUUUUGGUUCCUGACAUCCACAUGUGUAGUGAGUUGUGUCUUCAAGAAUACUAGCAGUGUUUUAAACUUGGAGAUGGAUUUCACAUGAUUCUGUUUACUCUCAAGUUUGAAAGUUUUAACAUAUAAGUUGGUCUUUCUGACUGUAUUUAAAGAUUGUUAAGUAUUUCAGUGUCUCCGUAGCUUGAUGAAUCGAAACACGUCCUCAGACCCAGGAUGGUGACAAAUAAUGAAGCUGGCAUUGGCUUUGAAUAGUGAUGCCCGUGGGUAAGCAACUGGAGCUGUGUUGUGUAACUAGCUUGAGAGUGGUGUGCUGUAAAAGACGCCAGGACAGAAGGCUGAUGAGGACGGCGUGGAAAUUCUCGCAUUAUCUUGUUUUCUGUACCAGUUUCCAGAGUGAGUGUAGUAAUGGUCUUGUUAACUUUUCAAUGUUCUCUGGGUGAAUGUGUUUUUCCAUGAAUAAAGUUUUGAUAUUUGUUGAAAUUACACUUCUGUGGGACUGGGGGUUACAAUAAUCAUUGCUCUGUUUUGAUUUUGUUUUCUUUUCAAUGAAUGUUUAGUUUUCUGAGCCAGAUGGUUAUUUCAUCCUCAUGUCCUGUUAAAUCAAUCCCGUGACUACACCGGAACUGUGAAUAAAUUACCCAAAACC